AUGAUGGGUUCCAAGGCUUUUCUAUUUCUUGGCAUUUUGUUGGCUAUCUUUGCAAUGAUAAGCUCCGAGACCUUAAUGAAAUCGGAUGACAAAAAUGAUGAACACCACGAUGGAUAUAAUGGCAUUGGUGGAUAUUCUGGUGAUGGACAUGGUGAAUAUAAUAGUGGAUAUAAGCCUCGAGGUGGUGGAAAUAAACCUCCACACGAGGGAUACAACCCUCCAAGUGGUGAAUACAAUUCUCCACAUGACAAAUAUAAACCUCCGAGUGGCGAAUACAAACCUCCAAAUGGUGAAUAUAAACCUCCUAGUAACGAGUAUAAAUCUCCAAGUGGCAAAUAUAACCCUCCACAUGACAAAUAUAAACCUCCUAGUGAUGAAUACAAACCUCCAAGUGACAAAUAUAACCCCCCACAUGAUAAAUAUAACCCCUCUAGUGACGAAUACAAACCUCCAGGUGACAAAUAUAAACCCCCUAGUAACGAAUACAAAUCUCCAGGUGACAAGUAUAACCCCCCACAUGAUAAAUAUAAACCCCCUAGUGACGAGUACAAACCUCCAAGUGACAAAUAUAACCCCCCACAUGACAAAUACAAAUCCUCUAGUGACAAAUACAAACCUCCAGGUGGCAAAUAUAACCCUCCACAUGACAAAUAUAAACCUCCUAGUUAUGAAUACAAACCUCCAGGUGACAAAUAUAACCCUCCACAUGACAAAUAUAACCCCCCUAGUAACGAAUACAAACCUCCAGGUGACAAAUAUAACCCCCCACAUGACAAAUACAAACCUCCUAGUGAUGAAUACAAACCUCCAAGUGACAAGUAUAACUCCCCACAUGACAAAUAUAAAUCCUCUAGUGACGAAUACAAACCUCCAGGUGACAAAUAUAACCCUCCACAUGACAAAUAUAAACCCCCUAGUGGUGAAUAUAAAUCUUCAGGUGGCAAAUAUAACCCCCCACAUGACAACUAUAAACCCCCUAAUGACGAAUACAAAUCUCCAAGUGGUGGAUACAACCCUCCAAAUGGUGGCCAUGAGUAA